AUGCCUGAUGCAACGGUGAGCAAAAAAGGCACCUCAUCCCUCUCGAUUUUUUCAUCAAAAUCGAGCCUGAAAUUACCAGUAAUAGAAGAUGUUAUACCAGACGGGGGUUAUGGAUGGAUAGUAGUAUUUGCUACAUUUUUAAUAUACGCCAUAGCCGAAGGAAUAACCUUUGCUUUCGGACUUUUAUACAUCGAAUUUUUAGAUGAGUUUAAAGCUACUAAAUCCGCCACAUCGGUGAUAGGAAGCUUAUUCGUGGCUCUACCACUAGUAGGCGGUCCAAUAUGCAGCUUGUUAGUAAACGCCUACGGUUGUCAAAAAAUGACCAUAGUAGGCUCAGCUAUAUGCGCCUUGGGAUUCAUUGGAAGUGCUUACUCCAAAUCACUAGGUGUUAUGUACUUAACGUAUGGUGUCCUUGGCGGUUUAUCCCGAGGAUUAUGCUACAUAACGGUGGUAGUAUCAGUAGCGUAUUGGUUCGAUAAAAGGAGAUCGUUGGCGCUUGGCAUCUCGGCCAGCGGUACUGGCUUCGGUACCAUAAUUUUUGCCCCGCUCACCAAUUUCUUGCUCUCAGAAUACGGAUGGAGAGGGUGUUUGUUGUUGUUAGGGGGUUGUUUGGCUAAUAUGUGCGUUUGCGGAGCUCUCAUGAUCGAUCCGGCUUGGGUACGUGAGGAAGAAGUUAGGAAGAAGAGAAAAAAGAAAUUAGAAUCGAAUGAUACUGAAAUAAAUAAUUUACUAGAAGAAACAACAAAAGAAAGUGUACCCACCAAAAAAUGGUAUGAGUUCAUUUUUACGGCGCUAUCUAGCUUCGACUUGUUUCUGGAAUCGCACUUUCUACUAUUGUGUUUAACUACAUUAUUUGCUGGAACGUGGUUUCUUACUCCAUAUUUCUAUUUAGCUGAUCACAUGACCCAAAAUAACUAUACCGAAGACCAAGCUUCUAUGACAAUAUCGAUCAUUGGAUUCUCCAACACUCUAGGAAUGGUUUUACUGGGUUGGUUAGGUGACAAAUGGAACGUUUCCAUAAUAUUUUCAGUAUCGUUAACUCUAUGUGGAUUCAGCGUCUGGGCAAUUAUCCUGUCCACAAGUAGUUUGCUGCUGUUAAACAUCAGUAGCGGAUUAUUCGGCUUCUUCUUUGCCUGCUGCUUCACUUUAUCGCCGUCACUGCUCGCCCAAAUCGUUAGUAAAGAGGAUUUCACCAUGGCCUAUGGGUUGAUUUUGAUGUGGGAGGGUAUAGGACACAUCACCGGACCUCCACUCGCCGGAUAUAUUGCGGAUAUAUCGAAAUCCUGGUCCCAAUCGUUUUAUCAAGCUGGAUUUUGGAUUGUCAUUGCUGGAAUGUGCUUGGCGGUAAUCGCUUGUACGAAAAAUAGAAGACUAUUUGGUAAAAGCAAACGGCAGCAAGUGGAUACUAACGAGCCUUAA